CCCUCUUCCCCCCCUGAAGUGUUCUUCUUCCUCUGCUGCUGCUGUGUUUGUCCCUCCUCCCCCUCCUUCUCUUUCCCUCCCCUUCCCGUGCAGUUCCUUUCCCCCAUCCCGCUCCUCAGCCUCUUUCUUCAAUCCUCCUUCCAUCCAUCGCCACCACUCCACCAUCACCAUCACCACCACUCCAUCUCCUUCUCUUUUCUCUUUCUUCUUUGUAUAUAUGUAUAUAUAUAUACUCCCUUCUGUGCACGCAUCCGACUGAGCCCUUGUUUCUUUCUUUUCCUUGUGUUCCGUGUCUCGUGUCCCUCAUAGCACGCGCCAUACAUGUUACGGCCCACGUUCUUCCUGGCACUCCUGUGCCUACUGGUCCUCUACUGGAGACAGCCCACCACCACCACCACCACCAACUCGGCUACGUCCACGACUCCCAACGCCAAAACCAACGGCAACCAGCAUCCCUUCACAAAGACAACCAGGCGCACAGUGGCCGUCGGAGAUCUGCACAGUGAUCUGCCCCAAACACUUGCAGUGCUACAGCUGGCCAAGGUCAUCGACGACUACGGCAAUUGGUCCGGUGGACAAGACACUCUGGUGCAAACUGGUGAUAUCGUCGAUCGUGGCCCCGACACCAUUGCAGUCUAUAAUCUCUUUGACAAGCUACGCAAGCAAGCCCGUGAAGCUGGCGGAAAGGUCGUCAACGUGUACGGAAACCACGAGGUGAUGAACUUGGGUCAGGAUCUGCGCUACGUCACUGAAGAGGAUUAUGCCUCCUUUGGCGGACGACAGAAGCGAAAGGAAGCCUGGGAUGUCAAGACUGGCUGGCUCGGAAAGAUGAUCUACAGCAACUUCAAUAUCACCUAUGUUCAUAACGGGCACACGGUGUUCAGUCACGGCGAUAUGGAGCCUGAAUGGGCGCGUCUCGGUGUUGAGACUUUGAAUGACCUGACGAGGGAAGCUAUUUGGAAAUCGAACUAUCGGGCACCGGUUUUUCAGGGAACGGGUCCCAUUUGGAGUCGAUCGUACGCCACAGAGGAGGGUGGGAUUGAAGCGACUUGUAAGAGAGUCGAGGAAGUCAAGAAGGCGCUCGGGGUGAAUCGCCUUAUUUCUGGUCAUACGCCUCAGUACCGGACCGGAAAGAUCUUGUCGAUUUGCAAUGGAGGCUACAUGGUCAUCGACGUCGGCAUCAGCAAGUACUAUGGUGGACAUUUGGCUGCACUUGAGAUUAUCGAGGAGGAUGGCAAGGAAAACAUCUAUGCUCUUUACCCCGGAGGAAAGCGACUUUUGUAGGAACAUACAAGGCUGGGACUUUAUGUGUAUUAAACACGACGCUUCUCUUCUCUCUCUACAAUAAUCUUGAUGAAGACUAAAUAAAAAUA